CUUUGUCAAAGCGCUAUAAAAUUUGAAGUGUCAUGUCAAAUGAUACUACGGCCGAUGUAAAUUCCGAAUAUGAACCAUGACGAACCUCUUUUCGGUGUUCGUCUCUUACCUCAGCCUAACUCUGGGCUACCAAAUCUAUCGCUCGGCACCUGAAGUCGGAGAAUCUGCUCCGUUCUUAUCACUGCUGGUCUUCUUGACUGCGUUGCUGCUACUUUUGGUCAACCUUGAUGUCUACCCGCAUAGUCUGAGGUGUUUAGGAUGGUUUGGAACAGUCAUAAUCGAGGAGGCCUGUGUCUUCUUCCAGUUCCUGAUAUCGUACUUCUUGAUGGAGACCCUGAUGAUCGACUUUUGGUUCCCUCUGGAAGAAGCGGUUUCCAAUGUGCCGACCAAAAUCGCAGACCAUUUAGAAGAAAAGUGGAGCAAUUGCGGUUCGAUUUGUGAGGCCCUGUGGUCAGACAAUGCUAAAGUUGCUGCCAGUUACGUGAUGAGCUCUUUGCUUCUACUCAUGGUGCUGCACGCAACUAAGCUGAUCGAUUCAAGGAAACUAGCACAAGGACCCAGUGUCUUUAUCGACGAUAUUUGGGUGAGAGUAAAAUGUUCGCUCUCAAGGAUAUUGCAAGAUCUAGGUCUAUGUUCUGAAAGAAGGGUAAAAAUCAGUGACGUUUCUAGGAAGAGGGAAAGGUCAGACGACUCACGCGAUGGGAAUAGGAGCACAAACAGCAACCCUUCAAGAAACGGUUUUCUGAAAGAUUACAACUAUAUUCGUCGACGAAGCCGGAGAAGAUGCAGAUGAAAUUUUAUGUGCAAGAUAUCCUAAUAACACACAGUGCAAGGACAUAUUUUGUACUUGAGUGGAUAUAAUUGAAUGCUCAUUAAAAGC